AUGAACCAAUAUGAUCAGUGGAAUCGAAGGAUUCGGACGAUUUGGUAUUGCAGUAGUCUAUAUGUGGAGUACAAAAAUGCCCUGAGGAAAUCGAGGAAGAUGCCGGUCGAGAAGAAGACCGAGUACUGGGAGAAGAAGCAUGAGGAGUUUGCCACCAAGAUGUUGAACAAUAUAUACGAAUUGAGAGGAUGGUGGGUGAAGGUAGGGCAAUUCCUAAGCACGCAGGAGAACAUUAUGCCUGUGGCAUACAUCGAAAAGUUCACCAAACUCCAGGACAUGAUGCCUACUUCCUCCUUCGACAAAAUAGAAGUCAUUUUAAAAAAGGAAUUGGGAAAUAUCUAUGACAUAUUUGAGUACAUCGAGAAGGAGCCCCUGGCGAGCGCAUCGAUAGGACAAGUACAUAGAGCGAAAUUGAAGAAGCAUGAACAUGAUGUAGUCCAGGAUAAUGUUUCAAAAAAUAACGAUUACAAUGUUAUUAUAAAAAUUCAACAUGAAGGAAUUGAUCAAUUCCUUUCGUCCGAUAUAAAUACCUUGAAGAAAGUAUCUUGGGCAUUUGGUCUAAUAGACAAGAAUUUUUAUUUCACAGAUUUUAUUGAUGAAUGGCAAGACUCGGCUUCCAGAGAAUUAAACUACAAGUACGAAUUGUACCAUCAAUUACUGGCUUAUAAUACAUUUAAAAAAUCUGGUAUUCCUCUGAAAAUCCCACAAAUAUAUUGCGCCUACACAACCUCCAAAGUUCUCGUCAUGGAAUACAUCAAAGGGUUUAAGAUAACAGAUACGAAUUCGAUAAAGAAAUAUAAAGUGGACGCAUACGACUUGGUUUAUAAAAUUAUCGACUAUUUUGCUUAUCAAAUUCAUAACGAUGGUUUUUUUCAUGGAGAUCCUCAUCCAGGAAAUAUUCUCGUUAUGAUGCAAGAGAAGGGACGCAGGCGGAAGGGUAGAAGGCGCUCUAAAAAAGGGCCAAGUGAAAUUGUGGAGAACCCAGUAGAGGGGGAUGCACAGGCCAUUCCAGAAGCACCUUUUCCCAGGGAUGGCAAGAAGGGAAAUAUUUUUAGCGGAACAGCGAACACGCCCAACACGUCUAACUUCUCUAGCAUUUCUAACGCGUUUAAGACACCCAACCAGUCGAACGCGCGAAACGGAUCCAACUCGUCUAGCGCUUCCAUGGAGGAGUUCAUAGAUGCGAGGUACAAUAUCGAUAGGAUGAAAUACGGAUCGAUGAACUCCAAGAACCCCCUUUAUAAAUCCUUCAGUUUUGUGGACUAUUCGAACAGGAGAAAUCAUGAAAUCUCAGACCAGGUUUUGAAGGAAGACUACAAUUUUAUCCUUAAUGAAAAUAUGAGCGAAGGAUUAAGUACCAUCCAGAAGAGCAUAUCCAAGUCGGAGGAGUGCGUGUCUUAUGGGAACUCUCAAAGGGAGGAUUACUUGUUGGUAACAAGUGCGACGAGUCCAGGAGAGGAAUGUUCAACUAAGUUGGUUGAUAAUGAGAAUAACUCGCUGCGCACCCAGGGGAAUUUAUUCGAGGGGGGUGAAGUCUCACCAGGGGAGGAAGUCGACAAGAAACGGGCGGAGAUGCAUGACAAACUUACCCCUUUGCAAGGUAAAGAAGUUGCCUUACAAGCUAAAGCAUCGGAGGUGCGCCGAAAAUCCGCAGGAAGACAAAGAAGGACCAAACGCGCCUACUCCUUCGUGCCCGUGAUUAUUGACUGGGGGUUGAUUAAACAACUGGACGGCGUGAUGAAGUUGGCCUUUUGCAAACUAGUGUACAGCAUUAGCUGCAUGAAUGUAUUGAACAUCAUCGAGGCGUUUGAGGACAUGGGUUUCUGUUUUAAGGAGGAUUUCACGUACGACCCUGAAAUAUACAUUGAAAAUUUAAAGCGUUUUUUUUUGAAAAAGUUGGAGGAGUCUAGCAACAAAAUGAGCGAAAGUGGUGGCAUCAGCGGGGCUGGAGGAGGAGCAGAUCAGGAACAUCCAAAUGGUCCAGACGAAAUAGGGAAGAAUAAAAAUUUAGAUGUUCUCAAAAACAUAGACAAGAAGGAUGUCCUCGAUCAGAAUCCAAUUAGUGAUGUCCCAAAGGAUAUAAUUUUUUUCAUGAGAGUGGCUUCCCUUCUCCAUGGAUUAUGUACUCAAAUGAAUGUCAACAUUAAUUACCUGAGCAUAUUUUCAAGACGAGCUAAAGAAGCCCUCGAAAAAGUAUACAAACCGAUUCAUCACUCGAUUUAUACCAUCCCUAUUGAUAAAACUCCUAAUUCAUUUCUUGAGAAGAGAAUACAUAAUUUGCUUAAGAAGCUCUACGAGGAGAAGAAAAUUUUGGGAUGCCAAGUAGCCAUUAUACACAAGAAAAAAAUAGUUGUGGAUACAUGUGUAGGGGUUACUAGCACAACCGACAAAAGACCCAUAACGAGGCACUCCCUAUUCAAUGGCUACUCCUUAAACAAAGCCGUUCUCACCAUCGCUCUGAUACAUCUCAUGUCCAAUAUGGUAAAUGAACAGUACUCCUCGGAGAACGCCCUUUUAAAUUUGAGCAAGAAAAAUAAUACCAAGGAAAAUAAACAGGAGGAGGAGGGAAUAUCUAAUUUGAGUGAGAUGCGUAAGGAAAAUGAGGAAGCGGUCGUUGCAGAGGAGGAAGACAAAUUGCAAGAGGACCAGAACACAGCAGUGGUGCAAAACAAUGGUAUUAAUGAAGUUCUAAGCGAUAUUAAAAAAAUCGAAAAUGAUUAUUUUUCACCCAUUAAGAAGGUGAACGUGCAGUUGGAAGAGGUACGUAUCCCGGAUGGGAUGGCGGUUUCGGGAAGUGCGCGUGGUCAGGCGGUGGGUGUUGGGGGUCUCUCCGCCACGGCUAUGACCAAUUAUAGUAGCAUCUACGGCAUGAAAAAUAAUACGAGUCGAUACUGCAGUAGUUAUGAUCACAGCUUCAGCAGCGAUGAAGAGACUGCCAAGGAAGUGAGGGAGAAGGAAGAGAAGACAGCGCAAUGCGACCAUGAACACGAUUCUCAACUUUCAUCAAAACGCAACAAUCCAACCAUCCCCCCUUUGGAGACACGUAACGGAGUCUACGAUGGGUACAACCGGGAAUUGUGCAAACAAAUAAUAAAUGAUAUAGAAGCCAAACAAAUAAAAAAUUUCAAAAAUACUAUCAACGACUAUAUAUGCAACUAUUGGGAUGGAUUCAUUUGCAAAAAUAAAAAGAGCAUCACGAUAAAGGAUGUGUUGACGUUGAAAUGUUUCAUUAAAAAACCAUUUCAAGAUAAAAUAACAUUAAGUAAAUUUAUAGACUACAGUGAAAUGAUAAAAAUGAUAGAGAGCUCUCGAAAUUGUCACGUGAAAAGGAAUUCGAAGAAGAAUGGAUUCUACCUCUACCUAAUAGACACCUACAUUAUCUCUGAACUCAUUCACAACAUUUCUGGACUCAAGUAUUAUGAGUAUAUUUACAAGUAUAUUAUUAAGCCGCUAAAUUUGAAAGAAGAAAUGUACAUACCCAUUCCUUCGCAUAUCUUGAAAAAACACCAAGAGGAAAUGAAGAAGAGCAAAUCUACCAGCGACUCCUCUUUGGCAAAUGAGAAAGGGAAGAAAAAUAACUAUAAGGAAAAUAAGGCAAAUCUAAUGAAGGAAUCAUCAAACCCGCUCAGAAGCAAUGAACUAAAUUUAAACUCAUUUAUAUCAAAGAAGAAAAAUAAAAAGUUAAACAGCACUUCAAAUUUUGGGAAUGAAUUUUACCAAGGCAAGAAUAUUACCCCAUCGAACAACAACUAUAAUAAUAGGCUUUUCCAGAAUAACGCUCUUACGAACAAACCGUGGAACAGAAAAUUUAAGUCUCCAUUGGAAGCAGUGCAUAUUAAGAGGCGCUCUAUAAGUGUCGACGUGUACUAUUCUUCUAGGAGGAAAAAUCCUGGUGCGGAGGUCAGCACUUCCAAGGGGGGAAAGAACGUGGGUGGCGCAGUCAAGGGUAAGGUGGUACCUGGUGAGACGAUUAGCGAAAAGGUGACUAACGAGGAAGCGGUUAAUAGGGAGGCUGAUAAUAGGGAAGUGGUUAGCAGGGAGGUGGUGAGCGGUGAAGACAAACCCGCGGAAGGAGAAGCCAAGGGAAAUGGCACCAAAACGGAUGAAUCAACCCCAAUGAACAUCCUUUUGAACAAUAAAAAGAUAGCCGAGUUGGGAGGGUGCAAGAAAUUCGAGCCCACCAGCAUGCUAGAAAGCAUCCUAAAAGAAAAAGAACCAAUCAGCCUGAAAAACAAGUUGCUAAAUCAUGUAGACAAUCUCAAAGUCAAAACGAAGAAAAUUAACGACUCGAUUAAAAAUAUGUACGAAAAUAAUGAAAACACAUUUUUAAAAAAUCUCUUCAUCACUCCAUUGAAGAAAGCUGAGAAUGAAAACAGCCCUCUUACAUAUGACUACCGCAGCGUUCAGCUUAGCUACAUGUACGAUAAAAAGUUGGGGAGUUAUGCUAAAAAAAAAAAUUAUCAAAAUUACCCAUACGGCACGCACAAUUAUUAUUACAAUGAAUUUGCUCGAGAAGACAUAAAACAAAAUAAAAUGGAAAAAAAAUGGAAUAUAAAAAAUAUUAACAAAAUUACAUCCAACUUUCGAUUCACAGAAAAAAAUAAAAAAGAUUUUCUCUUUGUUCGGUCAAAUGACGAGAAAAACAAGCGUUCGCAUAGCUGCACAAAUUAUAAACUAGUCCAAUACAACAUAAACGGACCGGCACAUCGUGAUGAGGAUGGAAAUAAAUUAUCCACUUCGAACAACCCGAAUGGUAUGGUUUUUAAGUACCAAAAUAAUACCAAUGAAUUACUAUUCGAUUACAAUGUUCAUUUUUUUAAUAUGGUACCUGAAGAAAGCAAUACAAAUAAAGACCCCAAUGAUUCCAGCAGUACAUCUUACAACUUAGAGGAAAGAAGUCGCUUCUACAAGUUAACGUUCGACAAAAAUAUCAGAAAACUUCUCGAAAACGUAGACGCCCGAAGUAGCGGCGAUGAGUCUGCCAACAGUGUAUUGAAGGAGAAGUACAAUAAAUAUCAGAGGCGCGACAAAAAAUACCGGAAGUUGUUUCAAUAUAUAAAAGAUUUGAGAAUGAGCAUACGUCAUAGGGAGAGGCAAAUGAAAGAAGCCAACAGCACUUUUCUGCGCAGUGAUCAGGUGGAAAUGGGCGAUAGUGCCAUCAGAGUAGGAAGAACAGGCAUCACGGAGAAGACCUCAUUCAGCAUGAGGAAUGGAAGCUCUGUGAAAAACGAAAGCUCCGUGAAGAACGACAGCUUCAUGAGAAAUGAAAACUCUGUUAAGAAUGAGAGCACAUUGAAAAGCGGAAACAGCUUCAAAAGGGAAGGCGCACCCCCAGAAAUGAAUCAAGACUUCCUGAAGAGUGCCAUAAAAAAGGAUGAAGAGCUUCUAAAAAAACUAAUCGAGUACAAGUAUGCCAUCCUGAAGAGGCAAAGAAACAACAUUCUGAAAAGAAAAAACAAAAAGAACAUUUACACGAAUGAAUACUCCGAUGAGAUCGAGAUGUUUAGUGAUAGCGAAGGAGAUUCACGUGGAUGCACAAGGAGACAGAACAAGAAGCGUAAAGGCUUUCGGAAAGACAACGCAAGAGACAAAGAGGAGAACCAAGAACCAGGCGGAACCACAGCCUCUCCUAACAGCAGUGCAUGUGAAAUGGAGGAGAGAAAACUCAUAGACGAGAAAAAGCACAGACUGGAAACCUACUUAAUCAUGAACAAAUUAUAUAAAAAAAACAACAAGGGCCUCAUAUCCGAAGAGAACCACACUAUCAGUAAGAAGACGGAUGUAUAUUGGCGCUUGGCAUAUUCCAGAAGAGACAUCGACUUCAUCGGCAACCUUGCCAACGAGGACGUGAAUAGCAAGUUCGAUUCUAUUUUGAAGUCAAACAUGAAGACAAAGAAAAACGGAUGCGGUGAUACGGAUGGAGGGAAGGCCAGCAGCGUGGAGGGUUCCUCUGCUGUGAACAGUGCUAGUGGUAUGAAAAGUGCCAACAUGCCAAAUGUGGUUAACCAUGCCGGGGUAAUCGGCCCUACCAAUGUCGCUAAUUCCUCCAGUGCCGCCACCACGGGCUACAACUUCAAUCUGGAAAACAAACUGAAAACCUACUUGGAGAAUUUUAAUGCCAAGAAGUACAACGAAUACAUUUCACUAUUUCAGCUAGCCCAGGAGAAGCCCUACGUCGUAGACCCCCUAAUUUAUGAUUCCAAAAAAAUCCUGGACAAAUUUAUUCCCAUUAAUGGACGAUUUACGGCCAGAGCUAUGUGCAAAAUAAUGGCCUUUGCGAAUAAUAAGUUUUUUUUUCCUUCUUAUAUUAUGAACAAAGUGAGGAAAACUUAUGCACUCGAUGAAAGCAUAGAAUCUAUGAUCCUGACGGGGGGGAUGAGCAGGAAAUGGGGCAUGGGAUUUCAGCUCUUCGAAUGCGAAUACGCAGAAGCUAUCAAUGAAGAUUUUUACCUGCGCAAGGGUAGGAGGCACAAGAGGAAAAGCAGAAAGGGGGGAAGGGGCGAAGGAGUAGGAAUCUCGGGUAGAAAUGGAAAUAUAGACAGAACUGCAAAAUCUGGCAAGGGAGGAAAAAAUAGCAAAAUGCAUAACGACAAGAUCCCCUCGUCCAAGCCUAAGCGAAUUGUCGGGUACGGACAGUCCGAUUUCAGUGGAUGCAUCGCGAUUUCUUUUCCCGAAAUUGAUCUCUCUCUCACGAUUCUCCUUACCGAUAUUUUUAAGGGGGCAGCGGUUGCCCAUAUUAUCCUGGAGUAUGUUCUCAAGCUGUACGGCAUAAAGCCCAAGUGGAAGCUGCCAGUGAAGGUGUCCGAACUGAUAAAGGUUUUGUAG